GGUGACUGCGCCCUCGCUGAUAUAAGAGGCGGCGUCACGUGGCCGAGGGUCUCAGUCGGCGCCCGGACGGAGAGAUGGUUCUGUUACACGUGUUGUUUGAGCAUGCCGCUGGCUAUGCAUUGUUGGCGAUUAAAGAAGUGGAGGAGGUCGGCUUGCUCCUUCCUCAGGUGGUGGAGAGUAUGCUGACCAUCGGCAAAUUCAACACUAUUGUUAAACUAGUGGCAUUUUCACCGUUUAAAUCUGCCCAGAGUGCCCUUGAAAACAUGAAUGCUGUUUCUGAAGGUAUUGUACACGAAGAUCUGAGGCUCCUGUUGGAGACAAACAUGCCUGCUUCCAGCAAGAAGAAGAAGGUGAUCCUGGGGGUGGCAGAUCCCAAACUCGCAGCAGCCAUUCAGGAGGAGAUCGGCAUUCACUGUCAAACUGGAGAAGUGGUAGCAGAAAUCCUCCGAGGGGUGCGUCUUCACUUCCACUCCCUGGUGCAGGGUCUGUCUGCACCGUCUGCUGCGAAAGCCCAGCUGGGACUGGGCCACAGCUAUUCUCGGGCUAAAGUGAAGUUUAAUGUGAACCGUGUAGACAAUAUGAUCAUCCAGUCCAUCAGCCUGCUGGACCAGCUGGACAAGGACAUCAACACGUUCUCCAUGAGAGUCAGAGAGUGGUAUGGAUACCACUUCCCAGAGCUCAUCAAGAUAGUUACGGACAAUUAUACUUACUGUCGACUGACCAAGUUAAUUGGGAAUCGUAAGGAGCUCUCUGAGGAGAGCUUGGAGGCCCUGGAGGAGAUUGUAAUGGACAGUGCCAAAGCCCAGGCCAUCCUUGAUGCAGCACGCAGCUCUAUGGGUAUGGAUAUCUCUCCAAUCGACCUCAUUAACAUUGAGAGCUUCUCUAACAGAGUGGUCUCUCUGGCUGAAUACAGGAUGACUCUACAGGAAUACCUGCGCUGCAAGAUGAGCCAGGUGGCACCAAAUCUGGCGGUCCUCAUUGGGGACGUGGUGGGUGCCCGUCUCAUCUCCCGUGCAGGCAGUCUGACAAAUCUGGCUAAGUACCCAGCCUCAACGGUGCAGAUCUUGGGUGCAGAGAAAGCUUUGUUCAGAGCUCUGAAAACCAGAGGAAACACUCCCAAGUAUGGCCUCAUCUUCCACUCGACCUUCAUCGGCCGAGCGGCUGCAAAAAACAAGGGCAGGAUUUCCCGUUACCUGGCCAACAAGUGUACCAUCGCUUCGAGGAUUGACUGCUUCUCAGAAGUACCCACCAGCGUUUAUGGAGGCAAGCUUAGAGACCAGGUUGAAGAGAGGUUGGCGUUCUACGAGACUGGUGAAGCUCCUCGCAAAAACUGUGACGUUAUGAGGGAGGCUGUUACUGAGGCUACUGAGGUGGCAGCAAAAUUGAAGAGAAAGAUGGAAAAGAAAGAGAAGAGGCGAAAGAAGAGGGAGAAGAGAAAGCUGGAGGCCUCUGCUGCUGCGGAAGGAGAGGAGGAGGAGGAGGAGGCGCAGGCUGUGGAGCCGGCUGCCAAGAGAGCCAAAGCUGAGAAUGAGGAGAAUGCAGACGUCGAGGUGGGGGUGAAGAAAAAGAAGAAGAAGAAAUCAGUCAAUGAAGAGCUGACGCUUGACAAUAUGUCGAAUGGUGUCCAGGAAGCAGUCGUCCCCAAAAAGAGGAAGCAUCUGAUGGCUGAGGAGGUCGAGGAGCCGGUGACCCCUAUGUCAGACAAGAAGAAGAAAAAGAAGAAAAGCAAACCUGAGUAAGGCAGGGAGGGGUGCAAAACGAUCUUCCUAACCUGUCUGGCAACUAGUUUAACAUUGACUUAUUUUUAUAUAAAUAUUUAAUUUUGCUUGUUGAAGUUGUUCUGCCUGUUGUGUGUGUAAUGAGACCUGUCAUACCAGAGUCUUGAUGAGCUUGGAUACUCCCUGUUCAAUCCAAGAUUCCUCCUGCUGUUUGAGGCAAUGCCUUCAAUUCAGUGGCUGUGUGCAGGUAUUACUACUUCAUAGAGCACAGCUUUACCAGGGACUGUGGUAUCCAUCAUUAAUGUCCUGAUGGGAUGGGAUUCAGUCCUGGCGUUGUGCUGGUCAGCAUCAAUAGAAAUGCCUCCCCUGUUGGCUGCCCUUGCUGGCCUGAGGUUAACAUCCUCUGGCUGAUUUGGUGGAGCAAGGAGUUGGUGAACUGAGAUUAAAGUUGGAAAUUGUAUGUGUAUAUGUAUAUAUGUACAGUUAUUAAAUUUCAGUAUUUCA